AUGGGUCAACUAGUCAUUCUGCCAACCCCACCAGGAACAAGCCUAGAGGGACAAACGUGCCUGAUCACGGGUGCAAAUUCCGGAAUCGGGUUCGAGACUGCCCGCCAAAUGCUCACUCUCAAGGCGUCCCCAGUCAUCAUUACUGCUCGAGACAAGUACAAGGGGCAGGCCGCCGUUGCGGCACUCCGCCAGGACCCCGAGAUCCUUGCAGCUAACCCGUCAGCCCGCGUUGAGAUGUUCCAUUUGGAUCUCGACGACUAUCAGUCGGGACUGGCACUCUGUGACCUGGUGAAGAGAGAGGUCUCGGAGUUAGAUGUGCUCUUGUGCAAUGGUGGUAUGAAUAUAAUGCACUAUCAGAGAAGCAAAAGCGGGCAUGAGCAGAUGAUGCAAGUCAAUUGCUACACCCACUUCCUCAUAAUCCUCGAGCUCCUCCCACUCUUGCGGGCCACAGCAGCAAAGCGCAAAAGCUCAUCACGCGUAACCUUUGUCGGUUCCGUAACUCAGUAUCACCACACAUUGAGUAGAACUCCUCUUGGACCCACCGAGAACGUUCUGAGCUACUAUGACGACAAGGAGAUUUACCAAGGCCUACUACGCUAUUCGGACAGUAAAUUUGUUGUGAAUGCCUUCAUCCGCCGCCUAGGCAGGGUUGUUUCAGAUUCCGAGGUUAUUGUCAACAACUUCUGUCCUGGUCUUGUGGAAUCGACGGGUUUAGACCGGGCAAUCCCACGUUGGCUGAAACUAAUCAUGUACAUCUACCGCAGGACAUCGUCUCGGCCUUUGAAGCAUGCUGGUUGGACAGCUAUUCAUGCAACUGCCGUUGCUGGACGUGAGAGUCAUGGGAAGUUCAUACAAAGCAACAAGAUCGAUCCGGGACCGCCUUUGUUGAAUGAAUCCGCUGGUAAUGAGUUUGUUGAACGACUCUGGAAGGACUUUGUCGCGGAUGUGGCUUCUUUGGACCCAAUGCUGAAAUUAUUUGCUCAUUGGAAAGCAGCUAUGUCCUAUCAUCAUUGCUUUCCGUGUAAUUUACGGUCAAUCGUUCUUUUCAAUGACUUGCCACUAGGUACAUUGCUAGUAGCAUGCACUGGGCCAUAA